CUAUGGCGCCCUGUGCGGCCGCACAGCCCGCACACCCCAAAGGCCGGCCCUGUAUCUACUGCACAGGGCACCUCUGCGCUGUGCCCCCAUUCUGCAUCUCUCGCCGGUAACAACAGGCGUCAUUCAGAUAGCGCUGUAUGGGAAGCCAAUGGGAGCUCUUCGCGCAGGCUCGUUUGGCCCAUGAUCAAGAUGAGAGCGGCACGGUGAUUGGUGGAAUGCGCAGAUCGCUGCUAUUGGUUAUGAGCGGAGAAGGGUAAUGUAAAUAAAACGUGAAGCGGCUUCCGGUAGAGAAGGUGUAUGUGCGGGGGUCGGUGGCUGUCAGCUCCUGGGUAAGAGGUUAGAAGUCUACCUCUGAAAUGCAAAAUGGCCGCUCUCUGUCCUCCACCUUCCCCAGCUGUAGCCAAGACUCUGAUCGCUAUUGAUGGUUACUCGCCGCUUUUAGCCGCUACCUUUGCCUACUGGGACAACAUUCUGGGACCUCGUGUGAGGCAUAUCUGGGCCCCAAAGACUGAUGAAGUUGUGCUGAGUGAUGGAGAGAUUACAUUCCUGGCAAAUCACACCCUGAAUGGCGAGAUCCUGAGGAAUGCAGAAAGUGGGGCCAUUGACGUGAAAUUUUUUGUAUUGGCAGAAAAGGGAGUGAUCAUUGUGUCCCUUAUAUUUGAUGGACACUGGAACGGUGACCGGAGCACAUAUGGCCUCUCAAUCAUCCUGCCACAAACCGAGCUCUGCUUCUACCUACCUCUACACAGGGUGUGCGUGGCUCGCCUUACACACAUCAUUCGGAAGGGACGCAUAUGGAUGCACAAAGGCCAGAGCAUCAUUUCCAUGUUGACUGGAGAAGUCAUCCCUAUUAUGGAGCUGCUGUCAUCUAUGAAGUCGCAUGGCGUUUCUGAAGAAAUAGAUAUUGCCACAACAGUUCUCAACGAUGACGAUAUUGGUGACAGCUGCCAUGAAGGCUUUCUAAGCAAUGCCAUCAGCUCACAUCUGCAGACGUGCGGCUGCUCUGUGGUGGUGGGUAGCAGUACAGAGAAAGUAAAUAAGAUGGUAAGGACGUUGUGCUUAUUUCUAUCUCCGACCGAGCGUAAAUGCUCCCGACUUUGUAAAGCUGAGUCUUCGUUCAAGUAUGAAUCUGGGCUGUCCGUACAAGGGCUGCUAAAGGAUGCCACUGGAAGCUUUGUGCUGCCGUUCCGCCAGGUGAUGUAUGCUCCGUACCCUGCUACCCAUAUUGAUGUUGACGUCAACACUGUGAAGCAGAUGCCCCCUUGCCAUGAGCACACAUACAACCAGCGCCGGUACAUGAGGGCAGAACUAGCUGCCUUGUGGAAGGCCACUUCAGAUGAAGAAAUGGCCGGGGAUUCCGUCAUACACACGGAUGAAAGCUUCACCCCUAACUUGAAUAUUUUCCAAGAUAUUCUACACAGAGACACAUUCGUCAGCAACUUCUUAGAACAGAUAUUCCAACUGAAACCUAACCUUUCCCUAAGAAGCACAUUUUUGGCACAGUUUAUGCUGAUACUUCAUCGGAAGGCACUGACGCUGAUAAAAUACAUUGAGGAUGACACACAGAAGGGUAAGAAAGUUUUCAAAUCCCUGCGUAACCUGAAAACCGAUCUGGAUCUGACAGCAGAGGGCGAUCUCAACAUUGUUAUGUCUUUAGCUGAAAAGAUCAAACCAGGACUUCACUCGUUUAUUUUUGGGAAGCCUUUUCACACCAGUGUACAAGAGCGGGAUGUGCUAAUGACUUUUUAGUUGCAGAUCACUGAGCACCUGGAACUGUCAGAAGCUUUCAUGUGGAUGCACUCGCUCACCAUCAUAUGGAUUGCUUGGAAAUCUGGGUCAAUAUCACAAGUUCUGAUGUCUAUUUUUAAGUUGCACUUUGAAGUAUACCUCGUGCCUGCCUUUACAAGCACAUUGCUUUGUGUACAUGGUUUUGAUAUCAUCAUCUGCUGGAUGUGUGCAUUGUGUCUUACGGCAGUACAUAAUGCGUUACACUGGUAUCCCAUAAUCCUGUGUACUUGGCAGGGGGUUAGUUUUCAUUGCGUCUUUUGAACUUCUAGAAGUUCAUGUUUAAUGAGACACUUCAUGCAUCAAUAUAUAAAAAGCCCAGGAGUCUGUAUAUUCUAUCUAUAAAUGAAUGUAACGAGACUCCUGUUUAAAAGUGUCCAUGCUGGGAAAUGUUAUAUUCCAAUGAAAAAUGAUACCUACGCUUCAGUCAGGAGGACAGUUUGAGACAUUUUCCGUGUUAAGACACUCUGAGGAAAAAAUGGUUUAAAAGAAAAACUUCAUUUCACAGUUUAACCACAUCAGAGUUGAGUAAAAUGUUUAGUGUUGGCCAGUUUGUUGAAAUAUUAAGGAUUAGCCCCUAAACUGUUUUUGAUGUGACAUACAUCUGAAUAUCACAUCAUAACCUACCCCAGGCAUGUUACAGAAGGCAAAUUAAUACCGAUAUAAGCCCAACGUUGAUACCCAUACCAAAACUGCAAUGAGUCAAUGCAACACAUGUUGCGGCAAUAUAAAGGGGGUCAACUAUUGUAAAGUACAGAAAACAACGACCUACAAGAAUCGAAGCCAAAGGUACAAAUGCAAAGAAAUUUGUAAAUUUUAUUAAAUAACAUAACAUGAUUACAUACAUGACGUUACAUUUAAAAAGAAGUAGCAGCAGGAAAAAAAAAACACCAUCCCGGUGGUACACUACAUAAGGAAUAAUGAUGAUUACAUGGCAAUCACAAAUCUAUAUAGUAUGUGGUGAAGUCUCCUAUAUACAUUCAAUAUCCCUGUGUAGGACAAGAAAGUCACUGCCAGGGAAGUAACCACAGUCGGAACUUAAAAAAUAGCCGGACCAUAUGGAAACUGUGUACCUAGCGGAGUGCUGACCAAAAACUAAUAGUGAACUUAUAUAAGGGAGACUUAACAAACAAAGUAGUGUAUCCAGACCGGGAUGGCGUUACCCCAACGCGCGUUUCGGCCUGCCUUCGUCAGGGGGUAGUGCCAUCACCGUGGAUCAAAGAUUAUAAAGGCCUCUCCUCCGAUCGACUUGCAUUAAAAUCACUGAUGAUUCUAAUCACCUGGAUGUUUUAGCAGCAGGAACCUGAUGAACAUAGUCCGGCAUGCGAUCCCCCCCUCGUGCCACCCAUGACACGUGAUGUCAUGCGACCGGCAGACGUCAAGACGCCCGGUGGGAGGUGUCAUACGCCGUCUUGUGCAUCAUCUGCACACAUCACAGGGGAGGAGAAUCAAAUCGGACAGAUGCUACCUCAUGCUUGUGCAGGGAUAUCUCUCGUAUACGCUGUCUCCCAUCACUGCACAGCUGUACAUGAUUCCACUAUGUAUAUUGAUCAUAGAACACAGUAAACAAUAUCAUAAAAUAUAUCAGAAUCAAUUUUGUAUGCACAUCAAUCACAUAAUACCUCCUAUACAUGAAAGCAACAGUGUAAAAAAUGAUACAAAAUAUACAUAGCAGCAACAUAUAAAGUGAUAUGGUACACAGUUAAAUACAUAUACAUUCAGUCCAACAAUUAAUGUUCACACAUGUACAAUCAGCAUAUAAUAUGAAAUCACACAGUACAUGAUCAUAAAAAGACUUCAUAAUGAUUAAACCUAAUAUAAAUAAAUAGAGAGACUAUAUAUGUGGAAAAGUGAUAAAAUAAAUUUUUAAAAAUUGACAGUGAAAAAUGGAAAAUAAAUAAAUAAAA